GUUGUGUCCCACCAUCACAAAAUGCAUCUCCUCCCGCUGAUCUUUGGGAUUGUGCUUCUUCCUCAAGCCUACACUCUGAAAUGUUUUACGUGUGAACCGGAAAGCACAGGAACCUGCACAGUCACAAAAGAAUGUCCUUUGCAGGGGCAUCAGUGUGCUGCAGUAAAAAUCAUUUCAUAUGCAGGUGGUUCAAAAGUUUUUGAUGUCAGUGCAAAGACUUGUGCUUUGGCUGAAGAGUGUGUUGAGGGUUCAGUCAACUUUGGAAUUGCCAAAACUGCAAUUACAUCCAAGUGUUGCACCUCUGAGCUCUGCAACACUCAACCUGCCCCUGAGCCCAUCAAGUCCAAUCCAAAUGGAAAACAGUGCUUCACCUGCAAUGGACAAGAUUGCACAGCAACUAUAAAUUGUGAAGGCAACGAGGACUACUGCAUCUCAUCACAAGUGAAUGUAGGAGAUCAAAAGAUGGCCAUGAAGGGCUGCGCUUCCAAAAUGAUCUGCUCAGGUAUACAAUCUGCACAGCUAUCAUCUAUUGGAGCCGAUAUUCGCUGCUGUCAGGGCAACUUCUGCAACAGCGCCAGCAGCACCAAUGCUGGCCUUCUGCUCCUGCUGGCACCACUGGUCUCGUUCAUGUUGCUCUUUUAAACAGUGGAAGUGGCAGCGUCACUGCAGCACAUGGCAAACAGCUUUUCUUCUCAUCUUUGCAUGGGCUCAGCUCACACACCCCUGUCCUUAUCCUUUUAGCCGAUGAGUGAGAAAACUUCAGCAAGCAAAGCAUAAAAAUGUAAUUUAGUAAAGUUGUGUCUUCUAUUUGUCUCUUGCCUCAUACCAGACAACUUCUUUAGCUAUAGCUACUGUUUUGAACAGACUAAUUGUGAACAACAGCUCUUUUCCCUUUUUAAGUAAAACAAGAAGAAUGUGAGAAACAUGUUGAAGCACAAUGUUUUGAUUACAAUUAUCGCAAAUAUUUUGAUAUUACUGAUAAAAUGCUGAAUAAAUACACUUCUUAAAAUUC